GGCGGGCGCAGCUCGGCGCGGCCCGGAGCGGCGGGGGCCCGGGCCCUCCCCACCGCCAUGGCGCUGCCUCCGCGCUGAGCCGCCUCCCCCGCCAUGGCCGGGGCCAUCGCGUCCCGCAUGAGCUUCAGCUCGCUGAAGAGGAAACAGCCCAAGACCUUCACCGUGCGCAUCGCCACCAUGGACGCCGAGAUGGAGUUCAGCUGUGAGGUGAAGUGGAAAGGGAAGGACCUGUUUGAUCUAGUAUGCAGGACACUAGGACUCCGAGAAACCUGGUUCUUCGGGCUUCAGUACACUAUCAAGGAUACGGUGGCUUGGCUCAAAAUGGACAAGAAGGUUCUGGAUCACGAUGUCCCAACAGAGGAGCCCGUCACCUUUCACUUCCUGGCCAAAUUUUAUCCUGAGAAUGCAGAGGAGGAACUGGUCCAGGAAAUCACACAGCACUUGUUCUUCCUGCAGGUGAAGAAGCAGAUUUUGGAUGAGAAGAUCUACUGUCCUCCUGAAGCUUCUGUCCUGCUGGCCUCUUAUGCCGUCCAAGCCAAGUACGGCGAUUACGAUCCCAACGUCCACAAGCGAGGCUUCUUGGCACAAGAGGAGCUGCUUCCAAAGCGGGUAAUAAACCUGUACCAGAUGACUCCGGAGAUGUGGGAGGAAAGGAUAACAGCCUGGUACGCAGAGCACCGAGGCAGAGCGAGAGAUGAAGCUGAAAUGGAGUAUUUGAAGAUAGCUCAGGACUUGGAGAUGUACGGAGUGAACUAUUUUGCGAUUAGGAACAAAAAGGGCACGGAACUGCUCCUUGGAGUUGACGCCUUGGGUCUUCACAUUUAUGACCCAGACAACAGGUUGACCCCUAAAAUCUCCUUCCCGUGGAACGAGAUCCGGAAUAUCUCUUACAGCGAUAAAGAGUUUACGAUUAAGCCAUUGGACAAAAAGAUUGAUGUUUUUAAAUUCAAUUCAUCAAAGCUGCGUGUGAAUAAGCUGAUUCUUCAGCUGUGUAUUGGAAACCACGACCUCUUCAUGAGGAGGAGAAAGGCAGACUCGUUGGAGGUCCAGCAAAUGAAAGCGCAGGCCAGGGAGGAGAAAGCCAGGAAGCAGAUGGAACGGCAGCGCUUGGCCCGAGAGAAGCAAAUGAGAGAAGAGGCUGAGAGGACAAGGGAUGAGCUGGAGAGAAGAUUGAUGCAGUUAAAGGAAGAGGCAACGAUGGCCAACGAGGCUCUGAUGAGGUCUGAAGAGACAGCAGACUUGCUGGCUGAGAAGGCUCAGAUCACGGAGGAGGAGGCCAAGCUCCUGGCUCAGAAAGCAGCUGAGGCUGAACAGGAGAUGCAGCGAAUCAAAGCCACGGCCAUCCGGACGGAGGAGGAGAAGCGACUGAUGGAACAGAAGGUGCUAGAGGCAGAGAUGUUGGCGCUGAAAAUGGCGGAGGAGUCGGAGAGGAGAGCGAAGGAGGCUGAUCAGCUGAAGCAAGACCUUCAGGAGGCUCGCGAGUCUGAGCGGAGAGCAAAGCAGAAGCUUUUGGAGAUCACCAGCAAGUCGUCCUACACACAGUCCAUGAACUCAAGUACGACAGCACUGCCUACCGACUUGCCAAGCUUCAACCUCAUCAGCGAGAGCCUUUCCUUUGACUUCAAGGAUACGGACAUGAAGAGACUUUCAAUGGAAAUUGAGAAAGAGAAGGUAGAGUACAUGGAGAAAAGCAAGCACCUGCAGGAGCAGCUGAAUGAGCUGAAGACAGAAAUUGAGGCACUGAAGCUAAAGGAGAGAGAGACAGCUCUGGAUAUAUUGCACAACGAGAACGCCAGCCGAGGCAACAGCAAGCACAACACUAUUAAAAAGCCUCAAGCCCAGGGCAGAAGACCUAUCUGCAUUUGAGACUUCAAACCGCCCCCUCUGCUCUCUUGCAGCUCACCCUACAGAGCACCAAGUCCCGCGUGGCCUUCUUCGAGGAGCUCUAGGAAGCGACCAGCCGCUCCGCACCGCUGCUGCCUGCCGGCCGGCUCCCUCACCCGCCGGAGCCUCUCCCCCAGGACCGGCGAGCCCCAACCGGGGCCGGGGAGCGGGGCAUCGCCCUCCGGUCCCCGCCAGCCUCCGUACACCGACAGACUCGGGGCCCGGCUACCCACGGACUGUGUGAUGUUCUCUAGCUUAGCGUCCAUUCCUCUUCCUCCCUGCCCCUCUUUUUUUCCUUUUUUUCCCAGCCUUUUUCUUCUUUUUCUAGCGUAGUUUUUUGGCUUGGCCCUCCAGGCUUUCCCCCGGUGCCGGGGUCGGGGCUGCUGCCGUGUCCCCCAGCCUGGCAGCCAGCGAAGGAACGUGCCGAAGGGUCUCCCGUGGCAGGGAUGCCGUCCCUCCGGGCUGCCUUCUCCCGCCGGCAGCGGCGUGCCGGCCCCGGAGCCCCGCGCCGGCGGUGCCUGGAGCUCCAUUAGGAACACAGAGCAUGUUCUAGUAGAGUGCUGUAAAUCAGGGGCCGUCGCGCCAGCUCUCCCAGCGCCCGGCAGAGGUGGGAGGCAGCGGGCAGGGAGCAGGAUUGCAGCGGCUGCAGGGACCUCGGUCUGUGGGGGUUAAGUCCUGCUUCUCUGGGGAGAGGAGGCAGGGGCAGGAGGUGGGGAGGAAGGCCUCCUCCUCCUCCUCUUCCUUCUCUCUGCAAGGGAUAAGGAGCAGAACAGCUAGUGCCAACCAAAUGAAACCUUUUUUUUUUUUUUUUUUCCUGCAAACUGUGACAAACCUGGGCAGCUCGAGGCCAGAGGGUUGCUCGGGGCCGGGCAGGGAGCAGGCACGGCCCCAUUCUCGCUGGGUGCCCAGGUCCGGCACCCCCCAACGCAGCGUGGGGGCCCCCCCCAGCUCCUCCGGGCUGAGCCAGGGGCUGCUUGUGUCCUGCCAGGGGCUGCCUGCUCCUGCCUGCUCCUGCCUGUCCUUAAGCGGGUGUCUUUGCUCACAGCGCUGCCCCGUCACAGGGGACGCCCAGACCUUUCCCUGCGUCCAGCCCAAAUCCUGCCCUGCCUCUUCCUCGCCCACCCAGGCAGGCUCCGGAGGAGACCUCCCUUCCAGCUGCCGUCUGCCCGGUGCUACCCCGGGGUAUCCCCUGGGGACCCCCAAUUCCUCCCUCCCGCCCCUUUACCCGACCCACGGCCGGAGGGGCAGCCCGGGGCUCAGCGCGCGGUCGAUCGCAUCCAGAACCCUUUUUAUUUAAAACCACUCUGCCUGGGAUCGACUCCCCGCGCGCGGCUGCGAUUGGGACGGCUGCGGCCUGGCACGGCCGGUUUCCCCGUUCCCCUGGGCUGUCGUACUCAGAAGAAAUAACCGUUUUCUCCUUUGUUUUAAUAAAAAUUCAAAGCACUAGGACUAGGGGA